ACAGCAAGAAUAAUUGGAGCUGUUGCCAUGUACAGCUGUAGUAAUGGUUACCAGUUGUCCGGUGUGAUGACAAGGACCUGUGAGGAUGGUCCCAGUGGAGGGGAGUGGACUGGAUCAAUCCCAAGUUGUAAAGCCAUCUGCCCUGCCCUACCUGCAUUCACCAAUGGAAUGAUCAGCUACAGUACAUCGGGUACUGCCAUACUAGAGGGAGAUGUGGCUACACACACGUGUCAUGAAGGUUAUCGACCAUCUAGCGAGGUCAGUAGAAGUUGUCAGUCUGACAAAACUUGGAGUGACGAAGCUAUUACUUGUCAAGCAAUCUGUGAUGAUCUCACCCUCGCCCAUGGAGUGAUUAGCUAUAGUCCAUUUACUACUCCCAUACUGGAGGGCACUGUGGCUACACACAGCUGUGAUGAGGGAUACGGACUGUCUCCUAACGUGAGAACAAGAACAUGUCAGCCUGACAGGACGUGGAGUGGAGAAGACAUCAUUUGCCAAUCUAUCACAUGUCCACCUCUCACUCACCCCCAUGGCUCGGUACUCCACUUUUUUCCUGAACCACCAUACCCCUUUGGGACACAAGCACAAUACUUGAGGAUAGCUUGUCCUGAGGGUACACAGAGAAGAGGAGGAAAUAAUAUAAGGAAUUGUACUGGUGAUGGUCAUGGUACUGUGGGGGUGUGGAAUGGAACUGCUCCCAUUUGUGCAGGUCAACCUGUUUUUCUGUCACUUCAAGGAAUAUCGUAUUCUACUAACAAUAGUAACAUUCUAGUGACAGGAAUUGGAACCUCACAAGAGUCUUCCCUGAACUGUCACACUGACUCAACCACCUGCUGUAGGGAUAGGGACAAUCCACAAGGAGGUUCAGGAGAGUGGCUGUUUCCUAAUGGAACAAGGAUUACUGAAAAUAGUAUCGUUGGUGAUAGAUUUUACUGGGUCAGAAACCUCCAAGCUGUCAGACUCUAUCGUCGAGGUGAUGUCCAGACUCCACUAGGAAGCUACUGUUGUAGAAUACCUAAUCGCCAUGGUAAUGUUGUGAGUGUUUGUGCUAAUCUUAUAGACAACAUUAUUCGAUGUUCCUCUGACUCGGUGAUGGCUCCCACUAAUGGGAUGGUCUCAUACUCUAGUCCAUCAGAAAGUAAUAGUUACGUGUACGGAACAGUGGCAACCUUCUCCUGUUCCACUGGUUUUAGUCUUGAUGUUACUUCAACUAGAACAUGUGAUACUGAACAGGGAACAUUUAGUGGCACAACCCCAUCUUGUAUAGGAAUUACCUGCUCUACUGGCCCUGGUGAUGUUACCAAUGGAGUGAUUGUUUACUCCAGUGACACAACUCCACGUGCACCUUAUAACUAUGGAACCACAGCUACGUAUCAAUGUGACACUGGGUAUGAGGUAACAAGUGGAAACAGUGAGAGGACUUGUACUGGUGAUGGUAGCAGUUCAGUGGGAGAGUGGAGUGGAACUACUGCAGCUGUUUGUUCAGACAUUGAUGAAUGCUCUGGUACUGCUCAUGGCUGUGAUCAGAUCUGCACCAACACUCCUGGAUCAUACACUUGUGACUGCAACUCAGGAUAUCGACUUGCUGCUGGUGGAAGAGGAUGUGAUGAUAUUGAUGAGUGUUAUGAAAUGUCCAACAUCUGCCACCAAGUGUGUACCAACACUGAGGGAUCAUUCACUUGUGAAUGUGAGGCAGGAUAUGUGCUGGACACUGACAGAGCAUCAUGUUCUGGUAUCACCUGCUCUGAAUCUGCUGUCCACAGUGAUAUUGCUGGCAAUGGGAUGAUUAUCUACUCCAGUGGCAGCACAACUCCACCCUUUGACUAUGGAACAACAGCUACGUAUCAAUGCAACAACGGAUAUAGCAUAGCGAGUGGAGACAGUGAGAGGACCUGUACUGGUGAUGAUAGGAGCACAGUGGGAGAGUGGAGUGGUGCUGCUCCUCAAUGUUCACCUGUGGACUGUGGGACUCCUCCGUCUAUUAUCAAUGGAUCUCCUGGGAUACCAACAACCACAACAUUCACAGGGACAGUGACCUACAGCUGUAAUGAUGGCUAUGCACUCUUUGGGAUUGCUACAAGUACUUGUCAGGCAAAUACAACCUGGAGCAAAGCACCAGAAUGCAGAGGUGCCAAUAUUACUGGUAUCCAAUCUGGUGUGCCCAUCUUAAUUGGAGGUUCUGUUACCAUCACCUGCACCACUGACUCUCCUGCUGACUCAGUAAUGUUGCUCCAAGAUGACCAACCUCUUCAUGAAACUCAUCAGUCAACCAGUUUGACCUAUACUUUCUCUCUCGUGACUGACAGCAUCCAUGGAAACACCUUCAAAUGUGAAGCAAAUUUAACAGGCAGAACCUACUUUUCAGACACUGCCUUUGAUAUGAUUACCAUUUUCAUUCAAGUUCCCCAACAACCUAUUACCAUUAGCCUCAGACCAUCUGACCCUUCAACUCCACACGUUGGACAGUUGUACAGUCGAAUUUGUGCUGUGUCUAAGUUGCCCGGACUAACUCGUAUACCAAUUACCCAGUGGAUGAAGGUUACCACGAAGACUGAGAGAAUCGGCAUGCCCACUCCUAAUGAAGCUGCUCUUGAGUUAUCUCCACUGAGAACCUCAGAUGCUGGCAGAUACCGUUGUCAGGGUAACCUCACUACUACCGUUCAACCUGAACUCCUUUCAGACAUCAGUGAUUUUGAUUUAAUUACUCAAAUACCAAGACUAGCAGUGACAAUCUCAAGGUCUCCCUCUAGUUCACCCUUGUUUGCUAACCGCAGUGUGGUAACAUUUAUGUGUCAAGUGUCUAUACAUGAAGAUAUCGAUACUCCCGUCACUUUGAGCUUGACUUGGACUCGUGAGGUUUAUAGUGAUGAAGAUGAUACAACUACUGAAGUGAUCAUGGUGAAUAGUACAACCAAAGUGAUUGAGAGAAGAUGGACCUAUAAUGACUUUAGUUCAAUAGACCAGAGAGUGACUUGCAAUGGAACAAUUAGUUCAGCUAGCAGUUUUAUUCAAGGCAAUAGAGGAAUGGAUGAAAACACCUUAUCUGUUGCUGGUGUGUUUCUGAUGUUCAACAACAGUGUACUACUUGAGGACAACACUGUACCAGUGAGAGAUAUACGUGUCAUACAGUGUCACUCUGACAAGACAGGUACAUUUGAUGAAGACCAACACGGGUGGACUUUCCCUAAUGGCAGCAAAGUUGUGGAUACAGAUGCACUGGCUAUUGCAAUACGGGAAGGAAAACAGCUGGCACUCACUCGACUAGGAAACACGUUCUUGCCAGCUGGAGAGUAUUGUUGCAAGGCUCAAGAUGCCAGAGGAACCAGCCACACCCUCUGUGUGCAUGUGGAGCGAAGUCGCUCAGUGUUGUUCCAGCUCAGACUCACCAACAUCAACCACUGUCCUGACUGGGUCGAGCAGCCAGACAGGAUAAGUGCUGUCACUGAAGCACUGGUGUCUGAGAUCCAGGGCCAUUGUCAAUGUUCCUUCGCUCUUAGUGAUAUCCAAGAGCCAUCCUUUCAAUGCUUUCCAGAGUCAAACCAAGCUGUAACAUUCCGUGCUGUCACUACUUCCUCCUUCAUUGAUGGUAUAUCACGCUGGAUUGCUGAGGUUGGUUUACUGAGAGUACAGAUGGUUAUCAUACGAGUGGACAAGUCUUGUCAUGUGGAGAUAUCUAGCCUUGCGGACACAGAGUGCACUGCAGGGAGCAGCGACAUAGCCACUGUGGUCGGUGGAGUGGUUGGGGUGGUCAUUGUGGUUGGCAUUGUUAUCAUAGUGAUUGCUGUACUGGUGUUCAAGAGCAGGAGAGAGAAGCUAACUGUCCAAAGAACAACAAAACCUGACCUACCAGUGUCGCUAAAGGGUGUGGUCAGUACUGGUGAGAUACAACCAUACGAGAUGAUUGAAAUGGGUCAUGAAUACGAGGAAGUGUCCAAGUUCCAACGAGCCGUUGGUGGAGAGUAUGAGAUCAUUGGUGCACCCUCACAGACAACUGGCUCCGAGAACAAGGCUCCUAUAAAGACUGAGCCAUCACUGCCCACUCCACCCACACCACAACCCACACAAGCAACUAAAGCUGCCGGAAAUGAUAUCAAGUUUACAGAGUCCGUUGCUUAUAGCACAACCACCCAUAGUCGCCCCCCACAACCUACAAGCUUUUGAACACUGAAAUACCCU